CUGCUGCCCGAACCCCCAGUGCAGGCAGCUGCUCUGCCGCGGCGAGGUUGGCUCUGAGGAUGGAUGGGGUUUGGGCAGGGGCGGUGGGACCGUGGCACAGCCUGCGGGCCAGGUGGUGGCAGAGCCGGCUGGGGACAGUGGCACUUGAGAAAUGGCGAUGAAGAGCAACCAGCUCUCAGGGGACAUUUGUCAGAAGAAGCCUUGCCCAGCACCAGGGGUUUUGGGUCGCGAAAGCUAGAGGCACCAUCCAAGGACGUUUGUGGAUCCCACUAGCUGCUUGCAGGAGCUGAACAUAUCCCAAAGGGCCUUCAAGCGAAGGGAGCAGCAUAGGCAACCUGCCCAGGAGCUGACAUGGAGCAGAAGAUCAGCUCUUUCUUUAAUUCCAUCUUGGAGCUCAUCCGUACCAAGCAUGAGGAAGGUGUCUUCAACACUGUCUGCCUGGCCGUGCUGAUGGGUCUGCCUUUUGUCGUCCUCAUUGCGUUCAUUUUCAUCUGCUGCCACUGCUGCUUCUGCAGCCAGAGGGGAAAAAGCAGGAAGAAAGGUAGUCCCAGCAGCAACGGGCAGCUGCAUGCCGAGAAGAACAAGAAGAAAAAGAAGAAGAAGAAGAAGGAUGAAGAGGACCUGUGGAUUUCGGCUCAGCCCAAGCUGCUCUUGCUGGACAAGAGACCCUCCUUGCCCAUCUAGUGGACAGGAGGGUGUUCAGGCCCUCCCCUCUGAGAUGCUGCCAGUCUUUUCAGCUCUGCAUGAGGGGUGAGGAGAUGCCAAAGCUGCUGCCACUUUAUGGUGACUUUCAAAACAGGCUGAUCCCAGCAGCUAACCAGCGUGUUGAAGGGCCAGCAGAGGGCAAGGCAGUCGGGCACAGGUUUAUGCAAGCCCCUUCCCCUCCACCAUGACGGUGUGCCCAAGGGCAGAAACCCCUGCAAAGGACGGGCAUUGACACGGACAUGUGCCCUGCUGAGCACGCAAGGGUGACCUGCCACCAGGCUGUACAUACCUCCCGCCCACGAGCACAACGCACACACACCGGGCUGGCACACAGCGAACUGGGUGCAAGGCUCUCCCUCUGCACUUGUGUGCAAGCACAGGCACCAUGGCACAGACAAGGGUGUGCAGGACCACAUGCACUCAAAAGACCAAGCUGCCUGCACACUCCCCCUGCAGAAACACGGACGUCUGCAUGUGAAGCAAGCGCAGGCGUGCCUCAUUUGCUUGCCCUGCCAUGGAGAUGGCACAGCUUAACUGUCUAGGCUCCAUCCAAACCCAGCUCACAUUGGAGAUGCAAAAAAAAGCCAAGAGCAGGGUAACCCCACAGCUCAAAGAUGUGCUAUCUCCCCAGCCACCAAACUAAAGGCAACUGAGAGCAUCUGAAGCCAGAUGCCCUCAGCCCAACCUUAAAGACCUCAAGACACCAUCUUAAGGCAGCAAAGCAGAAGGAUGCUUUGCCACCCAGGCUAGAGGCAGGGAGGAGAGAGGAGGCUGCAAGACCAGCCCUUUUGCACCAGCACUUAC